AAAAGGAAUUGAUUUAUGGGUCAGAUUAGGUGUUUAUGAGUUCGAUAUCUUUCCAUUUUCAUAUAGAUGUCAUGUGGUAAGGUCAAAAUGACAUGACAAUUCCAUAUGGCAUUUAAAGAAAUGAAAAAUGAGUUGAAUAUGUCCAACAUGACAACUAACGCCCAUAAGGGCAUAUUUGGACCGAAAGUUGGACGACAAGUGCAUAAGUGAACCAAACUUUAAACGGAGAGUAUAUCUAGACAUUUUCGAAUAGUUUAGGGGCAUAUUUGACCCUUUUCCCUCAAAAGUUAAAUAUCACUUUGUGUAAAUUAUUGAGAUUAAUCGGGUUAAAUUGAACGGGUCAAGACCCAAUUUUGUUUUUAGUCCAUUUGAACCCAACCUAUUUGAGCCAAAGAAAAUUUAGGCAGGUUAAGAGUCAACUCGAUUUCUAUAUCAACCCAUUUUGAUAUCUCAAUUUCAACUCAACCCGUCCAUUUGACACCCCUAAUUAUUACGUAUUUCAUACAAAUUAAAUAUGAAAGAAAAAGGGACGACUAAGACCUAGCAACAAAUCUUGAUAUACUUAUGGUGAAAAAUCAAAGUUGAAAUUUUCAACUAAAAGGACAGGUUAGAAUAAUACUUGACUAAUUAUAAAUAACAUAUACACGUCUCUACAAUCAGACCAAUUCGUCUGAAAACCAAAAAAAAUAAAAAUAAAAAAACCAUAAAUAGAGAUGUCAUUUGAUUAUUUCUUAAAAAAAUAAAAGAGUAUUGCCAAGUUCUCUAAAUUUUUGCAUAACUAACGAGUAAAAGUCACUGAUCAUUGUUCAUGGCAGAAUCAAGUUAUGCAAUUAUGGCUAAUGAUCCAGUUGCGAUAAUUGGAUCCGAAUAUUGCACGCCGAACGAGGUUGAUGUUGUUAUAUCUAGGAAGGUGAAGACACUUAGAUAUGGAGAAUUUGUUGUUUCAGAUAUGAAUGGAAACUUCAUGUUCAAAGUUAAAGGCAAAACUUUUGGAUGGCAUGAUAAGAGAGUUAUUCUUGAUGCUGCUGAUAAUCCCCUCAUCACUCUCAAACAAAAGAUAUUGACAGAGCACUCGAGAUGGAAUGCAUUUAAAGGAGAAAGCACAGAUGAGAAAGACUUUUUAUUUACUAUAAAGACAACAUCUAUAAUUCAAUGGAAGACCAAAUUGGCUGUCUUCUUAGCAAAUAACAAUUCCAAGGAAAAGAAUUGUGAUUAUUUGAUUAAGGGAAAUUGGUUUGAUAGAUCAUGUGUAAUAUAUGCUGGAGAUUCUUCUACCAUAGUUGCUCAGAUGCAUAAGAAAAUUACUGCUAAGAGCUUACUAAUUGGAAAAGAAAAUUUUAUGGUGACAAUGUAUCCGAACAUUGAUCAAGCCUUCAUCGUCUCAUUAAUAGUAUUCCUUGAUGCUAUUAAUGCAUUCAACGAUGCUGUUGUUGCAGGUGCCCUUGCCGGUGCAGGUGCUUCUAUUGGUGCUAUUAGUUUCUAGGAAGUCAAAAGUGUUUAUUUUAUAAAAUAAUAUUUUUUUUUCAAGCAUUAUUUGAUUUGACAUGAUGUUUGAGAAAAAUAAUGAAACUUUUGAAAUUUAUUGUGUAAA